CUCAAAACUGUCUGGCUUGAUAACAUGGCGAUUGUGCAUGAGUGACUUCCUUUGUAGAAAGGGUGAAAAAAAACAGUAUGGAGAAAGCUGAUAUUUCUUUUGUAUAUCCAUUUUAUCUAUAACCUUUUUCUGGAGUCGAAGUAUCUUUUACAGAAAGUCAUGAACAAGCCGGCGACUCGUGUAUGUACACGCACAACUCUGUUCUUGUUGGGAUUUUUCCAAUACCUCAGUAAUUCCACUAAAUAGGCGAAAGUGUUUGUAAUUUUGUAUUUUCCAGCGUUUUCUUUUACAAUUUUUUUCCUACUGAUGUGAAAGCGUUUCGUUUCGAAAAAUUUCUGUGAAAUACAGAAUUGUUGCUUUACUUCAAAGAGGGUCGUACCACUGGUUCACGACUAGAGCUACUGAAAGUAGAACAGUAUUUCAAAAUAUUCAUGUUUGGAUAAAGAAGUUAACUUUUGAAGGUUCUAGCUUCAACUCAGGAUGAUUAUUUUAUCAUUAAUACGGUAAUGAGACGUGUAGUUUAGCGUUUUACAAUCGAAAGAACGUGACUUAUCGUGUUUGCUUGUUUUUUCCUGUUUUAGUGUAGUAUACGUUUCUAACUUAAGAUCUAAGUGAGUUUGAAAACUAAAUUUAAGCUUGCAUAUGAUCAUAUUUAGGGGCGUAAGAGGAAGAAGAGAAGUACUGGAUGUUCAUCUUUGGAUGAAAUGUCUCCUUCAGUGUCUCCAACUGAGAAUGAAUUUUCUCUUCUUCCAAGUGGUGCCCAAGAAGAACAACAAGGGGAAACAAAUUCUCAGGUAAUGAUAAGUGUCAGGGAAUAAUCUACGACAUCACGGUCAAUUUGCCACCACAACAAACUCACCACCACAAAACUCACCACCACUGAAAGUCAAAUUGCCACAUGUGGCAAUUUGACUCUUUUGUUAUGUUUAGCCUGUUGUAUUAAACUUACGUUGAUUGAAAGCUAAGAUGUCGUAAAACUAAAAAAAUGAGUAAACAAACUAGGCUUUCAUAUGAUAUCAGUUUCUUUAAGUCUGAUUACGAAUUGUGUUUGUAAGGACAAAACUUAUGUUAAAGGUCACAAAAGCAAGGAUGUUAAGUCCAUUUCUGCAAACUUCACUGUAUUUGUGUGCGUUCUUUGUCGCAAUAUACUAGUACUUUUUAGCCUUUAUUUGAUGUAAUUUUCAUACAAUUAGAUAAACAUUGCCAUUUGCCAUUUCAUUUGAGGUUUCUCUCAUUAAAAUGGAAAGUCAAGCCCAAGUUGACCCAUGUUUCCUAUAAAAUCCUGGUCCAGAGGUUCUUAUAGUUAUGAUUAUGCAUUAUUACUGGUUUUUUUUCCAUGCUGCAUUCUUACUGUCUGUAGCUAAGUAAUCCCCAUCCAUUUGAAAGUGGCAGACCAUGAAAUCUCUAUUUGACAGCAUUGAAACCCACCUCUGAGUGGGUCGAACUUCCUUUUUUUCCUCUAUUGGUGUUUAGAUGGGUAUAAACACAGCUUUUGAAGAACAACACUUCACAGGUUAAUAAUAGGUUUUCAUGUGUUAAACUCAGGCUAAAAAAUGAAUUUUAUAAAGGUAGGCUACAAUUCAUUAGAGUAAUCAAACCUUUGAAAAUAAAAUUGAAGAAGUGCCAUAAAGGUAGCAAAUGAGAAGAGCAGAUAUCUCCUCAGCAGCAAGCAGAUACCAGAGCAACCCAGGCUCAGCUUCUCUCCUCUAGACACCUGUCAACACAGUGCUGGUAAGCCAGUGUAUGUUUUGAGUAAUCACAGGCAGCCCAAGCUCCAGCUGUGAGAUGAUCAUCAUGCGCAAUAACAGUCAUGGCGGAAUUAUAAGAGUUUGUAUGGGAAUAUUUACAACCCCUCUGAGGAAUAAAAUAAUACGUCAAAUUCUCAAAAAAAUACCUCACCUUACUUCCACAGUGUAUCACUUGUUAUCUUACUGCUUACUUUGAUGAAAAGGACGCAUUUUAGCGAGUUGUCUAUUUCAAGGUUUUCAACAUUCAUAAGAAAAGCCCAAGGCUGAACACUCCAUUUCCAAACACCUCAUCCGAGAAGCGAAAAAUCCAAGCUCAAAAUGACCAGGCGGCCACAAAUCCAACACAGAAUCCAAGCACAUAUACUGUAGUUUCAUUUCAAUUCACUAAAAACUCAAUCUUCCCUGUGCAACUGACACUAAGCUGCAGUUUGCUUCAAGGCUAUUGUUUUGAUCGACUUACAAAUCUGUGAUAAUUUUAGUAAUUCUCUUUACCGUCUGCCUUGCAAUUCUCAUGAUGUUAGUUCAGAGAAUAUGGUAUUGGAUCACCUUAUAAUCCCCGAGUUUAUUUUUUCCUUUUUUUUAUCAUAACUGCUCACUUAAAAUUGUAUUGAUAUUGUAAGGAACAUUCUGUCUUGGUUACUCAUGAGAGUUAAAAGGUUAAACUGCUCAUUUUCCAGGCUUGACAUAAAGGAAUUUUUCUUCUUCUAUUGAUAGGAGGAAAGUCUUUCACAUGUAAACAAGAGAACAAGAAAUGACAAUGAAACUGAAGAAAGUACAAGUCUUACAGAGAACAAUACUAAUAGUGAACCAGCUAAUGAAGAGCCUCAUUCUGAAGAAACUGCAGCAGACAGAGAACCAAUCAGUGUUGAAUCACCCACAGAAUCACACUCACCAGAUGAUGUUACAAUCAUUGGUGACAUGCGGGUUGCAAGGCCAGAAGUUAUUGACUUAGAUAAACUUCCAACAAUAAGAAGAGGUACAAAGUUCUGUCAUUUCCAAGAAAUCAAAUGUAUGAAGUGUCCCACUUUUUUUGUCACAAGGCAGAACUGGCAUUACUGGUUAAGACAAUAUAAGGGGUUAACUUGUAAUGGUAUGUGUUUGACUUUUUUUAAAAGGUGGCUCAGUAGUGGUUGAUUUGACUAAUGACUCAGGUUACCAUCACAGUAAUGUGGUAGAUUUAACCAGAGACAGUUCAACAGAUUCUUCUAUUGAUUCCAGUCCUGUUAUUGUGGUGAGUAAUUACUUUACUUGAAUUGAUUAAAAAACAGCUCUUUUCUCUAAUAUUGUGAAUAGAGUCACAACAAAACUUCUAGGUCGGGAGAGAAUUUUACCAUUGAAAACAAAGACUUUUUUUUUUAAUUAUAUUAGAGGGCUACAUUUUGAUCAUAGCAUAAGCUCUGAUUUGCUUUUGAUUUAUCUUAUUCAUUAGUUAAAACAAGUCCACCAACCUUUUUUUAGACUACAUGCAGGUGUAUGCUACUGCUGUAAUUUUGAACAAUUAUUAACUUCUGUAAAUUUAAGUGUGCAAAGUAUGCAGGAUUGUUACUUGGUUCUUCACUGUGUGUGUAAAGAAAAGUCAGACAUCUUCAGAAUUAUUAUAAAUGACAGGCAGAAUUUCAAAUUUCUUGAUAUAUGAUUCAAAUCAAUUUCCCCUCAGUGUGUAAAUAGAAUAUACCGUGGAGAUCCAGCAAUGGAACUGCCAUCUUGUCGUUUCUCACAUUCGGGUGUGCUGGGCAGAACUUUAUCCGACACAGAUGAUGAUAUAUUAGAAGUAGCAGAAAGCAAUGAAGCAAAUGAAGAAAACACAAGUGGAAUAGAAGCUUCAACAUCAAAUAGUGAAGAUCCAGCAGGAAAAGUACCUUCUAAGAAAAUAUGUUGUCCUAUCUGUUUGGAUGAUGAAGAAACAGUGAGUAAAAAGAAUUUGACCUGUUUGAUUAGUACCUUCAAUUUUUUAUACAGUAAAAAUUUUUUUUUUUUUAGAACAACAUUAUUGGCUUCCCAGGCCCAUGAAAAAAUGAAAAAAGAAUCAUCAAGUGAUUUUUUCCAAAAACUAUAUGCUUUUAUUUUGGUUUAGAUCAUUGUGGUUUCUCAAAUUAUGUUUUGUGAUGGUUAAAUUUUUUUGAAUUUUUCUAUUUUCAGAUUAAAAGGAGGAAGAGAAGAUUAAUGUCAACAAAUUGCGGACAUGUUUUUUGUGACAAAUGCAUAAGAAGUGCGGUUCAGAUGCAGAGUAAAUGCCCAACAUGUAGAAAAAAACUGACUUUAAGACAGUUUCACCCAAUAUUUUUAUAA